GAUAAAUAUUAAGUUAUGCAUUCAAUUAUUUUUUUUCUCUCAGAACCUUAGAAACAAAGUUCUCCAUUCCCGAUCCAAUCUGGAGUGCGAUUAAAAUAUGAUGAUUAGUAAGAGGUAACAGAUGGUCCCUACCAUAAGAAAACAAAUGAAAAGUUGGUGGGAAGGGAAAUUUAAUACAUAAUUAUAAAUAUUAUAUAGUGAUGGGAACUUUUACACUCAAAUUAUUAUUUCUUGUAAUUGCAUCUUCAGCUAAGUUCUGUUUGUAUGUUUUUCACCAUGGAAGAGAAGUCGAAGAUCCAAAUCCCAAGAGUGAAGCUGGGAAGUCAGGGACUGGAGGUUUCUGUACUGGGUUUCGGGUGUGCUGGACUCUCAGGAAUAUAUAAUCCACCGCUCCCACAUGAAGUUGGAUGUGAAUUUAUGAAGGAAGUUUUUUCCAAAGGCAUCACCUUUUUUGACACAUCUGAUCUAUACGGAGAUGAUCAUGACAAUGAAAUCAUGGUUGGGAAGGCUUUAAAGCAGCUUCCUCGAGAAAAAAUUCAGUUAGCAACAAAAUUUGGCAUUAAAAGGUUCAAUGGACUAGAAUUUGCAGUGAACGGUACUCCAGAAUAUGUGAGGCAAUGCUGUGAAGCUAGUCUAAAGCGGCUAAACAUGGAUUAUAUUGAUUUAUACUAUCAGCAUCGGAUUGACACAUCAGUGCCAAUAGAGGAUACUAUGGGGGAGCUGAAGAAGUUAGUAGUGGAGGGAAAGAUAAAGUACGUUGGUUUAUCUGAAGCUAGUGUAGACACUAUUAGGAGGGCACAUGCUGUUCAUCCCAUAACUGCUGUAGAAAUGGAGUACUCAUUGUGGAGUCGUGAGAUUGAAAAUGAUAUUGUUCCAGUCUGUAGAGAGCUUGGUAUUGGGAUAGUAGCAUACAGCCCUCUCGGUCGAGGAUUCUUUGCUGGAAAGGCAGUCGUGGAGAGCUUGCCUAAAAAGAGUAUAUUGGCUUUGCAUCCAAGAUUUACUGGAGAGAAUUUAGAGAGAAAUAAGCCUAUAUAUGCUCGUCUCGCGGACCUAGCUGAAAAGCAUGCCUGCACUCCAGCUCAAUUAGCUCUGGCAUGGCUUCUCCACCAGGGACAAGACAUAGUUCCAAUUCCUGGAACAACUAAGUUGAAGAAUCUUGAAAACAACAUUGGGUCAUUGACAGUGAAGCUAACAGAAGAAGAUUUAAAAGAAAUUUGUGAUGCUGUACCAAUUGAAGAAGUAGGAGGUUCGAGAGAACUCCAGAUGUUCUCUAGUUAUACGUAUAACCUUGCUAAUACCCCACCAAAAUAACUCCAAAUUAAAGAAACAGAGAGACUGUUUUCUGUAAUAUUAAUAAAAUUUAAGUUGUGCAUUUUGUGAAAAUAAUGAAUAGUUUUCUUCUAUUUGAAGUUGCCA